UCUUUUCCUUGACAGGACUGGCAGCCGUGGUCUCAGAGGAAUCCUUCCAUCUACCUCCUUCCUUCUACUCUCUCUUCUUUCUUACCGUCAAACUCUUGUACGGCACAGACGUUUCUAAAUUCUUCUCCCCACUCUGUUCAUUCACCCCUCCUCCCUUUCGCAGCAACCAGUGUAGCGUGCCCACGCCGCCCGCGCCAACAGGUCAAGUGCAAGCAAUCGCCUCAGCCAACAACCUGCACUGA